GCGCUCCUCCUCCGCCCCUUCGCUGGGAAGUGGGAGGCGACUCCGCGAGCGGCUGGGUCGUGGGAGUGCGUGCGGGGUGUUUUUUUUCUCCCCUCUCCCCCACUUCUUCCCCUUUCUCUCCUCUCUCGCUCUGCGUCUCCGUCUCCUCCGUUUCCUCGAGUGUUGCAAACAGUUUCGGGUGGAAAAGUGGAGCCGGCAAGGUUGGAUGCUGUAGCUGCCGCCGCCGCUGCUGCCGCCGCCGAUGAUCCAGGCGCCCGGGGCGGAGUAGAAAGCAUGGCCGUGUCUUCUCCCCCGAUUAUCCCGGCAACUUCGAGCGGCGGCGGCGGCGGCAGCGGCGGCACCAGCAGCGCCAGCACCGCCGCGAGCGCUGGGGGCUUGUUCCGGGCGGACGCGCUCUAUCCCUCCAGCCCGUCGGAGUCCCCGCGCCUGACGAGCAGCCUCAUCCACAGCUUCAUCGCGAGCACCGCCAACGCUCCCACUGGCGUGCCGGGCAGCGGAGCUGGAGCAGGAGGCGGCGGUGGCGGUGGCGGCGGCGGCGGCGGGAACGAGUGCAAGAUGGUCGACCUGCACGGGGUGAAGGUGGCUUCAUUCCUGGUGGACGGGCAGGAGCUGAUUUGCCUGCCUCAGGUCUUCGACCUCUUCCUCAAGCACCUGGUCGGAGGGCUGCACACCGUCUACACCAAGCUCAAGAGGCUGGACAUCGCGCCCGUGGUGUGCACCGUGGAGCAAGUGCGUAUCCUGCGCGGGCUGGGCGCCAUCCAGCCCGGCGUUAACCGCUGCAAACUCAUCACGCGGAAGGACUUCGAAACUUUGUACAACGACUGCACCAAUGCCAGUUCACGACCAGGAAGACCCCCCAAGCGCUCUCUGGGGGUUGCAAUACAAGAGAACACGCGCCUACUGCCCCACGGAGUACCAGGCCUCUUAUCACCAGGACUUAUCUCCCCAACAGGUCUAACAGCAGCUGCCAUGGCAGAGGCGAUGAAAUUACAGAAGAUGAAGCUGAUGGCCAUGAAUAGCCUUCAUGGAAGUGGGAGUCAGAAUGGGACAGAAUCUGAGAAUGAGGAGCUGAAUUCCAAUGCAGGUGGAAGUGAAUCUUCAUGGGAUAAAGAGAAACUUCAGUCACCCAUCCCACCAGGAUCCCAUCACGGGGUCAGCCAUGCGACACUGGCAGGGCAGCCAAGCCUGGGAAGUGCUCAUCCUCUCAGCCCUCUGCAGCAAAACCAUCUGCUCACAAACAGAAUAGAUCUGCCUUUUAUGAUGAUGCCCCACCCACUUCUCCCAGUUGGCCUACCUCCUGCUUCGGUGGCAAUGGCUAUGAACCAGAUGAACCAUCUCAACACUAUAGCUAACAUGGCCGCUGCAGCUCAGAUGCACAGUCCUCUCUCAAGAGCAGGAGCUUCAGUUAUAAAGGAGAGAAUUCAUGACAGCCCUUCACCAGCCCCAUCCAUGGAAGAGAGUCAGCGUCCCGGGAGUCAUGCCUCUUCACACCAGAGCAGCAGCAUUUCAAGUUCUCCAUCGCAGCUUGACAACACAUCAGAUAGAAUUGGCAUGCUGCCAAAUAAUAGAGAGGGUGAACCUGUGGAUCAAGACCCUGGGCCCAACCCAAAGAAACUCCUGAAGGAAAAAGAAGAGAUCCAGAUUGGCAUCCCAAUAAUGGCACCAACCUUAGAGAAGAUCCAACUGGCUGGGCAGACUGUUCCUCCUGGUUUCCGUGCACCUUUUCUUUUUGCAGAUGGAUUGUCAUCCGUAGAAACUUUAUUAACCAACAUACAGGGGUUGCUGAAAGUUGCUGUAGAUAAUGCUCGAGUGCAGGAGAAACAGAUCCAGCAGGAUAAGAAAGAGUUGAAGAUGGAGCUGUGCAGGGAGAGAGAACUGAGAGAGAGUCUGGAAAGGCAACUCACUGCUGAGCUGCAAAACAGAGCAAUAAUUCAAAAGCGCUUGAAGAAAGAGAAGAAAGCCAAGAGAAAAUUGCAAGAAGCUCUUGAGUUUGAAUCAAAGAGGAGAGAGCAAGCGGAACAGGCACUUAAACAGGCAACAUCAGGCGAUAGUCUCAGGAUGCUAAAUGAUGCUGGGAUUCCAGACAUGGAGACUGAACGCAAUGGAACCCAACAUGACAGUGCACCAAUGCAAGAUUUCUCCACCUGUGGCCCUCCAGAUAUCGUUUGUCUCAAGCAGCAAAAUCUCUCAGGCCGGUCUUGCCCUUGGAAACCACCACUGUUUCCUCAGCAUGCAAGUCUUAACUCUUCACUCUUGUGUGGGCGUCCAGCAGGCAGUUGCAUUGUAAAGCCGAAGAAAAGAUUCACAUUUGAAUGUUCUUCUGUUUCAGUUGCCAUAACUCACUUGCGGGGCCAAAUGCAAGGAUGGUGCAUCAACCAAUUUUUAUCAACCAAUCUCCGUUUCCCAUAAAAUAAACAUACUGGGUGUCAUUAAGUGCACCUUCAGAUCAAUGAUUUUUGCAAAUGACAUUCAAGUACCGUUCGAGUGGUACAUUUUUUGCUGAUAAAAGCAAAUUAAAUUAGCACAACUACAAGCGGUGCUGAUAAAAACUGAAGCUCGAACAGCAGCACCAUUAGCUAACAAAGUAAUAUUUUCUCUUUACUGCUUUCUGCCAUUUAGUUAUUAUCCUAUUGGAAAUCUAAUUAUAAUCCUUUUACUCCCCAGUCAAACUUCACAGUUUUUGCAAGCUUAGCACUGACAUGUGAUUUCAUUACGUUUGAUUGCUCGCACCCAGAUUGACUUAACUUCACUCGGAGACCUAAAAGCCCUCUCAGUUUCUCAGAUUCCCUGUUUGCACAUUACAGCAACAGCUCCUUUAAUUAAUUAGCAUGAACAGCAGUAACAUGAACUGCUGAACAGAAAAUAACAUCAUUUUAUGAUCGCAAGGAGACUUCUCCUUUUGCAUGUUUAUACCUUAGUUAACUUUUGUAUAUUAUUAUAUUUCAUUUAGUAAGAGCCUGUAGAUGCAAAAAAGAGGAAAAUAAUAACCAAUGCUAGUGUUUCAUCUUUCUCUUCUUCUAUAAAAAUAAGAGUUAAUAAUACUCCUUAAUAUUACAGAUGUACCAUCACAGUAAACAUGAAAAUCUUCACUUUUAAAAAACAAAAUAACAACAAACUUGUAGGGUGGUUAAGUUGAGCACAUUUAGAGGCCAGUGAUUUCAUUUGGAAAGUCUUGACAAAAUCGGUGAGACCUUAAAAGAAGACCUGAGCAGAAUCUUCUGAAUAAAAUAUUUUAAAAUUGAAAGUUAGAAUGGUGGGAUGUAUCCCUUCUUUGCCACCUCUUUGUAGUUCUGACAGCAGCAGUAACCGCAUUCCCUGCCACUGUUCAGCAUCCAUUUUUUUCUUUAGUUGCAGCAGAAAAUAUGAGCCUUACUCUGGUUUGGCUUCAUGAUAUCAUCACAAAACCAUUUUAUUUUCCUCACUCUGAAUUGGCUUUGUUGGAUCAUCAUGAAACCAAAUCAGAGAGCAUUGCUUU